UUUUUCGAGACAUGAAGAAAACGUGCGAAGUGCAGGAGCUGUUCGAUGGCCUGAGCCAGACUUUUGCGAAAUACAAGAACUCGCGCAAUUACGAAAUGGUCCAGAUCUUGAAUCGGGUGCGCUGCUGCGAGUGUGGCCACAAAAUGAGGGUUAAUAUGGCCCGGAAGAUAAUGUCACGAUGUCCGACAUCCACAUCCAAGGAUUUUCGGACACGCUAUCUCAUCAUCAUUUGCUUCGGUCUGCUAUUUCUGAUCUCUAUAUAUACGGUUCAUGUGGCUCGGAGAUAUAAUCAUGUGCGGGCCUAUGGCAGUAGUGCCUGCGGAUCGACCUUCUUUUAUACCUAUACCGAUUGCGAUGUAUUCUACUAGUGACUCCACUUAUAACCUUC